AUGUGGGGUUGUGCUGUCCUUCUUGAUGAAGCCGAUGUAUUCUCGGAAGAAGGUCGGGAGACUGACCUUCAGCGAAAUGCACUAGUCUCAGUAUUUCUCCGUGUCCUAGAAUACUAUGACGGGAUAUUAAUUCUGAUGUCUAACCGAAUUGGAACUUUUCAAGUUGACGGUGCUUUCAAAUUCCGAGUCCAGCUAGCAGUCCACUACCCUACACUGGACGUCAAGGAGCGUUAUGCGAUUUGGGUCGAAUUCAAGUUUCAUAAACGGCUUGCGAUCAGAACCCAAUCUCGAUAUUGGCGACCUGAAGACCAACGUUGA